AUGAGCCCAGAAGUUGCGACGCACCAGACGAUGGCUACGCAGCGCAAGCGACUUGCGCCUGGUACAACUACUGCCGCCUCGACGAUGGCCCAGGCUUGUCGUCAAGCCGUGGCCGAACUUGAGAAUUGGUCUCUUUGGGCCUACCGUGAUGCCACAGGCGAGGAAUGGGAUGCGCAGCCGGCGUGCAUCAUCACUGAUUACCUACUAGCUGCGCAGUGCUUUUCUUUUGCGGUCUACACUGGACUUUUUACUGCUACAGACAAAGGUGAUUUGGCUUGGUACGUUAUGUACUUUAUGGCGCUUGGUAUUUCCGCCGCACUCGGUGGACUACUGCACCAUGUUGCCUUUGAGGCUAUGCGUGACAUUGCUCACAAGCAAGAAAAGCAUUUAGUGCAGACUGCGCGCGUCUUUGGUGUCAAGUUAAGCCGGGCAAAUGUGGAUAAGAUGAUUGAAAUAUUGUGGCGCUUUGUACUGGCAUGCUCCGUCAUCACCAACUUUGCUCUGCUGUCGCUAGCCGCUAGUCGUCAUCUACCCGAACCAUGGGCAUACUUGAUUAUCGGGAUGGCUGCUGUAAUGUACAUGGUGCUGGCUGUUUGGGCCAGUGUAAGCAUGCACGCGGUGUUUCUCUUUGUUGGAUUUAUUCCUGUGAUGCUUUUCGGUCCCAUUGCCUGCUUCAUGACGUGGAAUUGGGAGUGGAGCCAUUCGAGCUACGAGCUUCUUGUAUACGGUGUCAAAUUUGUUGGUGGUCUCAUCCAGAGCCUCGUCUGGGCUCCUAGCAAGGACAAAUUUAACCAUAAUGCGCUAUCGCACGUGUUUUUAAGCAUGGCGGCGACGCUCAUGCUCGUCCAUUACAAAUUUUGA